AUGGUUAUUGCAGACAGCAGGGUGAGGAUACAGAUCAAGUGUCACUUAAUUAUCCAGCUAGGACUUCAGUUUGACUUCAGCGUGGCUGCAAUGUGCUAUGAUACAUAUUUCAAGUUAAAACCAUCAGAUACUAAACUUUUGAAGUUGAAACCAUCAGAUGAUAAACAUUUGAAGUUAAAAACAUCAGAUACUGAACAUUUAAAGUUAAAACCAUCAGAUACUAAACAUUUGAAGUUAAAACCAUCAGAUACUAAACAUUUGAAGUUAAAACCAUCAGAUACUAAACAUUUAAAGUUAAAACCAUCAGAUACUAAACAUUUAAAUUUAAAACCAUCAGAUACUAAACAUUUAAAGUUAAAACCAUCAGAUACUAAAUAUUUGAAGUUAAAACCAUCAGAUACUAAACAUUUGAAGUUAAAACCAUCAGAUACUAAACAUUCAAAGUUAAAACCAUCAGAUACUAAAUAUUUGAAGUUAAAACCAUCAGAUACUUAA